AUGGCUUCCAUCCGACCAAAUCCCUGGCGUACCUGCCAGGGCCUCGCCCGCCAGAAUUUCCGCACAUCCCGACCGUACCCACGACAUCUCUCCACGACGAACCGGCUCCAAUCUGGCAGCCAUGCGAACCCUCUCCGAUCCCAAGGCCGCGCCCCGGAUAACCAGCAAAUCAGCCAGUACCGACGGUCAAUGAUACUGUCAGCUGCAGGUAUCGCUGCAUGCGCGGUAGCCAUGUACGGGGUCAUCAAGCUGGAUCUGUUCGGGCUGGAGGCUGCGGAGGCCAAGAAAAACGCGGAGUCGCAAGAGCAGACGAACGAGGCCGCCACGGCAACCUCCCCCAAGAAUGGGGCUAUGAAGAUGGACGGGCCGGCUGGGUUCCCGAGUGACGGCGGGCCAUCGGUGAUCCCAAUCAAGGGCCAGGACGGCGCCGAGCAGGUCCCCACGGGGAAUAGCACUGUCCCUUACUUCCCCAGUACGAUCCGGCUGCCGUCAACCUCGAAUAUUGUCAACAACAAACCCGCCGGAGAUCAGGAGCUGUCCACUGCCGACGGAGACGAGUACCAGCUGCUGGGGCUGGGGAUCCGCACGGUGUCGUUCCUGCGGAUCCAGGUGUACGUCGUGGGGCUGUACGUGGCCAAGUCAGACCUCACGGAGCUGCAGCAGCGCCUGGUGCGCACGGCGAUCCACCCGCCAGCCGAUGACUCGAUGGUGGUCUCCAGCGCGGGCGCCGACUCGGCGACCUCGCUCGUGCCGCCGGAGCGCCAGCAGCUCAGGGAGCUCCUUCUGGACGCGGAGCGCAGCGACGCCGCCUGGACGGCGCUGCUGAAAGACGACGGCAUCCGCACGGCGUUCCGCAUCGUCCCGACCCGCAACACCGACUUCAUGCAUCUGCGCGACGGCUGGGUACGCGGCAUUACCAGCCGCGCGCAGCAGCAACAGCAGCAAAAGAAGCUAGCAGCGCCAGGCGCUGAGCCUGGCGAGUUCCAGGACGAGGCGUUCGGCACGGCCAUGAAUGACUUCAAGGCUGUCUUUGGCGGUGGCCAGCGCAAGAGCGUGCCCAAGGGCCAGACCUUGGUGUUGCUGCGCGAUGCCCGCGGCGCCCUCGACGCCCUGUUCCAACCUGACCCGGCUCAGCCGAUGCGUUGGAUGGGCCGCGUCGCUGAUGAGCGCAUCAGCCGCCUAGUGUGGCUGAAUUACCUUGCCGGCAAGACGGUUUCGAGCGAGGGCGCGCGCCAGAGCAUUGUGGAUGGGUUGAUGACGAUUGUUGAGCGGCCGGUUGGCACGGUUGUGCAGAAGGUGGUAUAA